AUGUCAAGCUGGGUGGCGUUGAAUAUUGAGCCUGACGAGGCAAUUGAAGAAGAGGUCGAUGAUACGAAGGAGAUACAGAUUGAAGAAGCUUUGAAGCUCUAUCAAAACGCCCUCAAGCUACACUCGCAGGGUCCACAGUUUUAUUCCCAAGCUGCGGAGGCCUACGAAGCUCUCCUGAAUUCGGAAAUCUUCAAAUAUCCCGAAUCGAUUUCUGACUUUAAAAGAUCUGCUCUGCAAGACUCCGAGGCACAUCUUGAUGAUGAUGUCGCAGUAAUCGGCGCAGCAGAGACAUUUGCAGAUUUCAAUGUCACCGAUUCGACAUCUAGCACUCUGUUACAGACGAUCUAUUUGUCCUAUAAGAACCAUGGGCAAUUUACGCUUGAUUCUCUGCAAGCUUUUCUACAGGAGAACCCCAGAACUUCUGACAAAGCCCGGGAGAUUCUGUCCGAAGUGAACAAGCGUACGCACGCUGCUUUAGCUUCUUUUGCCGAAGCUUUGGAACGCGAUGAUACCGAUCUUAAUCUUUGGAGACGGAGUGCGAGGUUAUCUAGCGCUCUGCACAGCUACAGACUAGCUCGAUACUGCUUGGAAAGCGUUCUCGCGGAUGACGAGAAUCGCUUAGAAGUUCGAACAGAUCAGCUAGGCUUGGACGAGACUUUUGCCCAAGGCCAGCUUCGGGAGACCCUUCAGGCGCUCGACGACAAUCUAUCCGUCUCUCAGGUUCCAUUGAAGAAACCAAAACAGGCUCUUCUCAAGUUCCUCGAACGUCAAAAGGAUCCCUAUCCUUAUCUUCCCGCCCUCCCCAGUCAUGUGAGGGAUGAAGACCCUUCCAAAAACCCGUUGGCCCUUCGUGCGUCCUGUUAUCAACUGACCCCCGCGACCCAUACAUGGGCUGCUGUCGGCGACUCCAUCCUUCAGGCUCUAAUUGACAUGGAGCUUGAUGCGUCAAAAUUUGGUCCUGGAACCUCAAUUAGCUUUUCGAUGCCAGACUCCACGGCGGAUCUCCAAUCCUCGGCCGCUGGAGAAGUCGCAGAUCAGGAUCAGUCUUCCCGUACGGAGAACGGCGAGUCUGCUCAUCACAUACCAGAACAGGACGCCGAGAUAACAGUCACUACUGAAAGUGCAGCACCUAAGACACUCAAAAAGUCUCAGGACGCCGGCUCGAUUUCAGAACACGCUGAUGAUCAAUCGUCCAUAGACCAGCGAGCUGAAAAGCAGCUUAUGGAAUCUCUUGAGAAUCAAUCGGCGCGGCAACAUGAUAGUGCGACUGUGCAGGACGCCCCAAAUGUUGAUGAAGUCGAGCCUAACCCAUCAAGUGCUGGUCGGAAGAGGUCGUCUGCAUCCGCUGCGAAUGAGGACUACCAGGCCGAACCUGUUAGGACGAAGAGCAGAAGAACCCGCCUACGAGACUCAAUCGCAGAAACUUCGCUCCAAUCUGAUGAGGUUUCUUUCGAUCAGAAUAAAUAUUAUGAGGAUCGCUUGCAAACUUACGUUGAAGCCGACGAGUGGAUGUUUGACACGGUCGGGCCCCUACUGUCAAAGCUUGGAGUUGACAAGCUGGAGAGUCUUGAUGAACUGCGGAGACAAGCUGCAGCCAACUGUUCGAAAUCUCCCGUGGAGAAAUCAGGCAAUCAGCCCACGUCAGCGGUACAUGUGCUGUAUCGGGAUCUGGACAGUAUCGUCAAAACCUGGGACGAAGCAAAAUCCCAAGCAAUGCUGCAAGAUGAUACUUCGUUGACCUUCCAGGAGAUGAAAGCCAUGGACAACUCUGGCUUGGCCAUCUUCCUGGAGCAUUCGAGGAAAUCUGCUCGCAAACCCGGACUCAAGCCCAGCUUUACGGACGACAAAGUUCUGAGCAAGUUCUUGAAGGGUGUCAAUGACGAAUGGCUCCACCUUCAUGAAGUAGCCUUUGCCUGGCUCAAACUCGUUCUAAUGCCGGUGUAUGGGAAGUCGCCCGUGCGGAAGAACUCGCGCUCCAAAAAAUGGCCAGUUGUGGAGUCAGCAUACGUAGCCUUUCAGUGGCCAGACAUGCUCAAAGAAAAGGUGGUCCAAAUAUUGAUACGAGACGACGAGUACAUCUUCAGAAAAAUGCUUGAACAGGCCGAGCAAACUGAACUUCAAAUCCUCAACCAUACGCCCCAAACGCCAUUCAAGUAUACUCGUGAUCAUUUCGCUUACUUGGAGAUGGCCCAGACAAUAUUCGAGAUCCACCUCGACGUUUAUGCCUCCAUUAACAAUCCCCACAGUGAGGUUGACCAGGAUAUAAGACUUGUGCAGCGGGAUCGUCUGAUGAGAUGGAGCUUGCUUGCAAGAACAGCUUUGAGUCACUAUCUGGAUCAUGGCCCAUCGAAAAAGGAUAGCCAGAAUACCAUUAUUCUUCGCCAUAUAUGGGCGUCGACUUUUCAUUCCAAUAUGGAGCCAGACGUUCAUCGUGAGCACAUACUGCUGUGUCUUCAAGAGUUGAAAGAAAUUUUGCAUCGCCUGAGUAUUCAAGAGAUCCAUCUUAUGAACAACGCGAUGAUGCCUGAGUUGUCAGCGGAUGCGAUCGACCAGGAAAUCUCAAAAUUGAACUCCAUGGACUUUUUCAUGAAGAUUUUCACCCCUGGUUCGGAGGAUCCUGUCGAACUCAUCGAAACGAUUGAGCCGAUUAUAGAGCCCUCAUCAGUUGAAAUUCCCGAGGAGAGCGAAUUUAAUGACCAGUCGCUUUCACAGUCCAUGUUACAACUUAAGGAGAUGCGCUCAUUCUUGGACCGAGGAGAUGCUAUGCUAAAACUGUUCUUGUGGCAAAGACUUCGGGAUGCCUAUCAGGCGAUCGACUAUCCUCCUAAAGUAGUCUCAUGCUACCUUCGCAGUGUUGAGACGAUAAUUCAAGAACUUCUUGGCAAUUCGUAUCUCGAAGAAAGUAACGAGCACCGAGAAAUAGCGUUGAUUCGAUGGCUCAAAUCUCUUGACCGCAUUCUAAUGAAGCUGGUGACACUGGUCCUUCAGCAAUCUGACAAGGCGUACGAGUGUCUUGAUAUGGAACAUCUGAGGUCUUCCAUGUCAGCCCUGACCAUCAUGACAAAUCUUCUACACAGCUUUGCUCUUUACGAAGACUCCGUCCGUGUCGGGCAAACACCGUCGUCCUCCAUGCGCGGUUCGUUGUCUAAAACCCUGGGAAAUUUCACGGAGAAGUUAAGGGAGAUGGAGGUUCGCUGUUGGAUCUUACAAUACACGCUUCUUAAAGAAGCAAUUACCCAGAACGGGGAUCUCUUCGAGACUCCUCUCGAGGACCGUAUUCUCUUCCUACGCUCUGUGCACAAUGCUCUUGGCGUUCGUAAGAUGUGCAAACGGUCCAACAAGCAGUUCCUCAAGUUGAUGAAGGCUGAAUUCUUCAGCUUGGAGUCGAAGGAAGACUACGAGUCUGAGAUUUGCCAGAUUCUUUGGGAUCUUUACGGCAUCAAUCUCUCUCCCUCCGGGGUUUUCUUGUUUGAGCAUGAGUGUCCGCCGGAAAAGCUCGAUCGUCCAACGGCUAUCAAAAUGAUUGAUUUUGUCUUGAAAUUGGCGAAACGCAUGAGUAUCAAAGACUUGUCAAAAUCAGAGCUGAAAUCCACAAUUGAGAAGAUACAGCAAGCCAUUGGAACAACAAAAUCGUCGCCACCUCUUACAUAUAACAAGCGCAUUCUGUCGGCUUACCUGAAGUCGCCAAUCAAUCCGACUGAACUCUUCCGCGCAGUCCGAGGUGUUGCGGAUCUCCCGCUGAUCCCAGUACCUACUGAGAGCGCGGUCAUUGCCCAAAAUGGAUGGUAUUUUCUGUUGGGCCAUGCAGCCCUGACCAAGUUCCGCUCUCAAAAGCGCCUGAAUCCGGUGCCGACUACUGAUCUUGAUGAAGCCAUCACCUUCUUCAGACAAGAUCUAGAACACGCUACUGGAAGAUGGGAGUCUUGGUACAGGCUUGCUCAGACCUAUGACUCAAAGUUGGAAGAAGAUAUCACUUGGUCUGCGGACAAAAUCAACAACAAUCGAACUGAGCUAGUGACUUGGCAACGGAACGCCAUCCACUGCUAUGCAAUGGCGGUCGCGACAGCAAUCAGGAACGCUGAGCCGACUCCUGAAACCCGAGCGACCUUGUCCGAGCUCUACACCGAUUUUGGUAUUCGGCUCUACUCGUCUUCCCGCGAACCCCUUUCUAUGGCCGCCUUCAGUCUUGCAGACUUUACCCGUCAUUACAGUAACGAAGAGAGCCAGCGGAUGUACCAAGGGAAACCCUUCAAGGAGAUGAGGUUGUACUCCGUGUGGAACUUGGCAAGAUACCUUCUUAAGCGCGCAACCAUUGACAAACCCAAGAGUUGGAUGAAUCACUACAUGUUGAGCAAGUGUCUCUGGAAGAUGUUCAGUUGUGACGAUUCCGUGAGGGGAAAUGUUCAGCGUAUCAGCGUCGAUGAUCUUCUGGAUUCGCUACUUGAUGCCAUCGAUACACUUCCCCAACGCAAAGAUUCACGCUCGGAUCCUAUUUUUGAACCCCACUACAAACUGGUCUCGAUCGUCCAUAAGUUAGUCGAUCGAGGCACACUCACGCCAGCUGAAGGAAGUCAAACCCUCAUGGCCACCCCAUUGGCUCGUAAAGUCCAGCCUCCCGAAGACAAGGCCGGAUGGAAACCAUAUAUUCUGGAGGUACUCCGGCGCUUGAAGCAUGCGGAUAAAUCGAAUUGGCAUCAUCGCAUGGCUGUUCGGGCUGCACACGUUACAUAUGACGACACCAAGGACGGUGUCUCGGCGGCAGCAGCCAAAAACGAACUUACGCAGCAGAUCUUCACCAAGACUAUGACUAUCCAGGUCUGGAGGCCGGAGUUCGAGCGUCCUGGAAGACAUUUCGUGUAUACUACCCGAUAUGUAUACUUCUUCGUUAGUCUGCUGGAUCAACUCAAUGACCGAGCCAAUCUGGAUCAGCUAUUGCGUCGCGUGAGAAAGAAGCAAGGUGAUUUCAUCAACCACGCCAAGCUAUGGGAGGAUGUCUGCCUUACCUACGCAAAGGUCAUUCGAAGAGCAGGCAGCAUCAACGAGGGACAUGAAGAGAAUGUAUUCAAACCAAUCGGAUGGGAAGAAUUCGUGGCCAACACAGCCCGCCUGGAGAAUCUUCCCCAGCUAGCACCGGGCAGCCAAGUUCUACUGGAACUGCUUCGCGACGCUAUCGAACUGAAAAAGCUCAACAAUAACCUUAUGAAAGUAUCUUUGCUCGAGGACCUGAUCGCCGACCUAUACUCCCGCCUCUACGAGAUUAACAUGCCCCAAGUCCUCGAGCAAGCCAACGAGGAAAACAAAGAGAAAAUGAAAGUCGACCACCUGCUCAUGGCCAGCGACGGAGCCGCAGACACCCCGACGCCUCCGAACUCAGCGCCCGCCUCGGAAGCGCCCGCGCCUCGAGGGCGCACCAAGGGCAUCGCCCGAAGGGACGUCCAAAAGCGAGCCGAAACGAUCGUCAACCGCAAACUCACCCCGCGCGCGCCGGCCGCGAAGACAUCGGUGCCUGCGGAGUCCGAGCCACCCGCUACGUCUGAGCCUGCCGAACCUUCGGGGAAUCAGCCCAGUAAGACCAGUUUCGAAACGGGCCAGCAGAGCGAUCUUCCCCAGAGCAUUCAAGAUAGCGCCGACGAUGAGAGCGAGCUCAGCGAGAUUGAUGACGAGAAGUUAUCGAAGCUCGCGGCGGAGCGUAAGCUCCUCUUCCCUAAUCUACGGGAUCGGAUUUCGCCGGAUCCUGAUUCGGAGAUGUCCGUUCCUGCCAGCGUUGAUGGUGACGCGGUAGACGAGGUUGGGGAUGGCGAUGCUGACCUGGGCGAAGCUGAAGCGGGAGGCGAAACCACGGUAGAAGAAGGUGAAGGCGAAGGAGAAGAGGGUGAUGAAGCGGAUCUUGAGCGCGAUGAAAAUGAUGGCGACGAGGAAGGCCUAGACGAAGGGGAAGGUAAUGGGGAAGAGACAGAAGAUGCGCAAGAUAUGGAAGACGAGGCAGAAGAACCUGAGGUCAUCGAGGGUGAUCCGACAAAGGAGAAUGCUUCCGAACCUGAGCCAAUGGAGACAUGA